AUGGAGACCGGGGGCAGCGGCGGCGGCGGCGACGGCGGCGGGAGGCGGCCCGGGGACGACCUCCACGGGCUCAACUUCGGCCAGAAGAUCUACUUCGAGCAGGACGUGGCCGGGUCCUCCUCCUCGGGUGGCAGGAGGGGCAAGGGCCCCGCCCCCGCCCGAGCAGGAGGCGGGGGCGGAGGGCCAGGAGCCUCCACCCCCGCGGCCGCCGGCAGCGCCUCGCAGCAGCAGCAGCAGCAGCCGAGGUGCCAGGUGGAGGGGUGCGGCGUGGAUCUGAGCGGCGGCAAGACCUACUACUGCCGCCACAAGGUGUGCCUGGAGCACUCCAAGGCGCCGCUCGUCGUCGUCGCCGGCAUCGAGCAGCGCUUCUGCCAGCAGUGCAGCAGGUUCCACCAGCUGCCUGAAUUUGACCAAGGAAAACGAAGCUGCCGCCGACGCCUCGCCGGUCAUAACGAGCGCCGGAGGAAGCCACCGCCCGGGCCCAUGUCUACACGCUAUGGCCGGCUUGCCGCGUCCUUCAACGAAGAUCCAGGCAGGCUCAGAAGCUUUCUGCUGGACUUCACGUACCCGAGGGCCCCGGCCGGCGUGAGGGACCCGUGGCCGGCCGUGCAGGCCGGCGAGCACCGCAUGCCUGGCACCACCCACUGGCAGGGCGGGCAUCAUGAGCACCACCCUCACCGCAGUGCAGUUGCGGGAUACGGCGACCACCACGCGUACAACGGCCAGGGGAGCAGCUCGGGGGGAGGCGGCGCGCCGCCGCCGAUGAUCCCGGGCGGCUUCGAGCUCCCCUCGGACGAAUGUAUGGCGGGCGUCGCCGCCGACUCCAGCUGUGCUCUCUCUCUUCUGUCAACUCAGCCAUGGGAUAGUAGUGCCCACAGCUCCAGCCACAACCGGUCCCCGGCGAUGUCGACGACCAGCGCCUUCCAGGGCAGCCCGGUGGCGCCCUCCGUCAUGGCCAGCAACUACAUGGCGGCAAGCAGCAGCGGCUCCUGGGGCAGCCCCCGGGGCGGCAGGAGCAUGCACCACCACCAGCAGCAGCAGCAGCAGCAUCACAUGCAGCAUGACACGGUGAUGAGCGAGGUCCAUCCGAGCUCGGUUCACCACGGCCAGUUCGGGGAGCUGGAGCUGGCGCUGCAGCAGGGGAGGGCGGCGCCGAACCCGCCGCACGCCGAGCACGGGUCAGGCCCCGGCGGGGCCUUCAGCCACUCCAGCAACGCGAUGAACUGGUCUCUGUAG